CGAAGCACAAAAUCCAAAUCGAAAUGUCCCGCUCUGUAGAAACAGUGACGGUCAUGAUCAGUGAGAGUAUCUAUAGCUGAAUUACUACUUUUCAAUGCUUACACGCAGUGGAGUUAAAGACUACAGAGUAAAGACCAGAGAAUCUUUUCCAAAUCUUUCUUCUCAGAUUCCGACUUCUCCCAUUUAGUUUGUUGUCUCCCACGUUUCGUUCGAUUCUCCGAAGAAUACUCUAAGUUCGAACUGGAACUUCAAAGAUUUUAGUUAGUCGUCGUUCUACCAUCCUUCCACGUUCCGAUUUCAGAGGAACGGGGUGGUUUUUUGAUUUUAUCUAAUCCUGAACGGGUUUUGUUGUUGUAGCUAGAGCUAGACAGCCUAGACUUGGUAAUGCGUGGUUGGCUAGAUACAUUUCCACGGAAAGAUUCGGUGCUGAAACGUUUUCCUUUUGGUUAUGGAUUUGCAGAAGUGAUAAUGGUGGUUUCUGAUGACGGAUUAGGUUUCUAGAGCGCAGGUUUUGCUUGGUGUGCUGUUGUUCGAUCAAGAAACGAAGGGUUUUAGUAAUGGCAGCUGUGCAUACUCUAUAGGGGACAGAGGAAAGGGUUCAAGUGAAAAUUUCUGUUUAGAUAUGUGCUGUUAGGAAGGUUUAUUGCUUUGGGUUGGUGGAAGGAUUUACUCAUGAUGUACACUUGGAAAUUUGGCUUCAGGAGAUGAACUAGGGUUUAUGAUUCUUCAUUUUACUGUAUUUUUAAGGAAGAAAUUGAAAAAGUCUCAGAGAUUGUCCCGGCUAAGAGUGGAAGCUAGAAGCUGAUGCUGAUCAGAUAUGCCCAGCAUUAAAGCUCCUGCGUCGAAAAAGACCACAACCCUAUUGGUUGCUGUAAAAUGUAGGCCGUUAACCGAGAAAGAAAGGCAAAGAAACCGUGACAUUCUUCGGGUGACCGAUGACGGGGAGGUCAUCGUGCUGGAUCCCGACUUGUCAAAGAAUUACCUGGAUCGUUUACAGAACCGUACGAAAGAGAAGAGAUAUCGUUUUGAUUUUGCGUUUGGGUCUCAAUGUACUAACAUGGAUGUCUACAAGACAAGCGUCUCUUCUACAAUUGCUGGGGUCAUUCAAGGUCUUAAUGCAACUGUGUUUGCUUAUGGUUCUACGGGAAGUGGUAAGACAUAUACAAUGGUUGGGACCCAAGAUGAUCCUGGACUAAUGGUUCUCAGCUUGCACACUAUUUUUGAUCUUAUCAAGAAGGACCGCAGCUCCAAAGACUUUGAAGUUUCGUGUUCCUACCUUGAAGUUUACAAUGAAGUUAUCUAUGAUUUGCUUCAAAAAUCAUCCGGGCAUUUGGAGCUUAGAGAGGAUCCUGAGCAAGGAAUAAUUGUUGCUGGGCUUAGAUGCAUUAAGGUCCGUUCAGCUGAUAGGAUUCUUGAACUCUUAAAUUUGGGAAAUAGUAGGCGAAAAACAGAAAGUACGGAGGCAAAUGCAACAUCUUCACGCUCACAUGCUGUUUUGGAGAUUACUGUCAAAAGAAAACAGAGAAACCAGUAUCGGAAUCAAGUUAUACAUGGAAAACUUGCACUAGUUGAUCUUGCUGGCAGUGAACGGGCUUCUGAAACAAACAAUGGAGGCCAACAGCUGCGAGAUGGCGCCAACAUUAACCGGUCACUUCUUGCUUUGGCAAACUGCAUUAAUGCUCUAGGGAAACAACAGAAGAAGGGUCUAGCAUAUGUCCCCUACCGCAAUAGCAAAUUGACACGGAUCCUUAAAGAUGGUCUGAGUGGUAAUUCUCGAACGGUCAUGAUUGCAACAAUAUCACCUGCAGAUGCUCAAUAUCCCCACACUGUUAAUACCCUGAAAUAUGCAGACCGAGCAAAAGAGAUCAAGACACAUAUCCAGAGAAAUGUUGGCACGGUUGAUACUCAUGUUGCGGAUUACCAACGAAUGAUUGAUGGUCUUCAGAUUGAAGUUUGCCAGCUGAGGAAAGAACUGGCAGAAAAGGAGUCUCAACUGAGUGUGAAACCUACUGAAAAAGCCGGUGAUGAUGAACUGUCUUCGUUAAAUAUUUUGAGCCACGAAACCAGUGAAAAUGUCCAGGAACGAAUAAACUUACAAAAAGCUUUGUUUGAGCUUGAGGAAACUAACCUCCGUAACCGCAUAGAGCUCCAGCAUCUAGAUGAUGCUAUUGCUAAAGAACAGGCCAUUGAAAAGGAUGGAGAAGUUGUGCAAGGUUUAAGUGAAAGGCGGCAACUUGUACUUGACAAUAUCCGUGACAAUAAUGAGAUUGGUGCUGAUUACCAAAAGGAAAUUGAAGAAAACGAGAAGCGGAGGUGCCAACUUCAACAUAUGAUAGAAGAAGCCACUAGUAACAGCAGUAACAAAACUUACUUGCGUAUUCUCAGUCAAUAUCGACUCCUGGGAAUGGCAAAUAUGGAGCUCCAGUUUGAAAUGGCAAUGCGGGAUCAAGUCAUUUACAACCAACGGGAAGCGCAGAGGAACCUGUGGGAUUUGAUCAUGGGGUUAGGACUUGAUCAGAAACAGAUUAUGGAGCUUGCUUCCAAGCAGGGGAUUACAAUUGAGGACUGGACAACACCACUACAUUUUGGAAGUAGCAUGAAGCAGUCACUCUCCUCAACAUACGGCAGAUCUCCACCUUUCAGGUUUUGUCCUGACAUCCGGCAGUCCUAUUCUUCAAGAUCUUGCAUCUUCCAACAUCACCAAGACUUGGGUAGUAGGUCACGUUUCAAGCACUGGGACUCGGCUCAUACUGUAUGUAGAGAAGAGCACCAUAGCUCCUAUUACAUGCUUACUCAUGAUCACUCCCAAUCAGCAUAUAUGACGAUGGACAAUAGUAGUGAACAUUGGGUGAGUGGCAGAUCAGGUCCAUGUUUCUGUAGCCCUGAAAAAACUCUUACACGUGGAUUGGAGGCUGCAUCUCAACAUCAUCUUUUCUAGAGAUUUUUGGCCAAGAGCGGGAGCUUAGAUUAAACGACCGUGACACUGAAUCAAGCAACAUUCUUUUUACCAGGAGGGAGAGGAGCCUGCCUUCCUAGUAUACUCCAAUUUUAUGUCCUAAGCAGCUGUACAAAAAAUCUCGAGUUGGAUUUAGCGACGGUCAUGUGCAGAGAAAUUGCUGCGCAACCUAUGAUACCAUGCCCUCAGAAUCAUCCAUAUCAUUUUCUGUUGCAACCAUACUACUUGACGACAGGGAGAAGAGCUUUUAGUUCCCAUUGUCUCAAUUCGAAGUUACUGCACUUUGUAUAGUUUUUCUUUUCUGUGAACUUCAUUGAUGUUAUUACAAAAUUCUCUGUUGUGUUCACAUGUGAAUGGGGAAAUGCAUCCUCCUGGUAAAUGUAGUUGGUAAGAAAGGGAAAAACUAAACCUCACCAUGGCUAAUAACAUUAAGCUCUUCAUGAUCCUCCAAAUGGAGGGUGAUGGGUGGAUGCAUGUGAUUGUGGAUCCAUCCAAUUUCCGAACCAAUGAUAAAAUUUCAGCUCAACAUGAGCAGAGGAAGUGGCUCAAAAUUA